UCCGCUCCAUUUUGAGUUGUAAGUGUGGAUCUCACAACAUCCAUCCUGACAAUCUUCUGAUCAAAGUGUGAUUGUGACACCUUAGGCCCAGAGCCUUCGAUUAUGUCUUAGUUGGUAAGACAGUCCCCUGGUUCCUUAAAAAGCUACGCCGGUUCGGAGUGCGGAGCCUAUAGAAUACAAGGCGUGAUGCACAUUUCAUCUACGUCAACGAAGACAGUCACUCGAAGAUGUUUUCUAUUUUAGGGGCUAUAGACUUAUAUACCCUUACCUAGACUCUACAACCAACUACGUCUUGGUUAAUAACGGAGUCUUUCCUUACUUGAUUUUGGCAAAUCGAAAACGGUCAAAGCUUCCUCCCUUCAUAGGGAAUAAUAAGGAGCUGACCCUAAAAAUUAAACGUGGCCGCUGGAAUAUCAACAAGGUUCACCGCUGGAAAGAUCCAUACGCACAUCUCUGAGCAAAAAGCUUGAGCACUAUAACCUUGUUCCCCCGGACCGUUGAGAGAUGGACCACCAAAAUGCUAAUCUAGCAACGACGUACCGAGAACUCUACCGCGCAAAGUUUCAGAAUGAUGUGAGAGCGGGUACUAAGACACCGUUCUUAGUUCCGUUACACCUGCUCGGCGUCUGGAUCAUACCCACUCUAUAUUUGGCUAUACCGCACAAGAAUCGACCAUGGCUCUACCGCGCCAGGUGGCUUGUUCUCGCUUUCAUUGUGGCUUUUAACCUUAACAUUAUACUUCAUGUCUCAAGCCCCGAUUGUGCUGCUGGUUAUGGCGCCGGUCUUGUCGGUUCCUGGGGUGUCGUAUGGAAUUUCACCUUGCUCGUCUGGACAAGACCGCAAUGGGAAGCUAAGAGGGUGAAUAUCAGGAGGAAGAAAACACUAGAGGAUGUGAGAAGUAAUUCUCAUGAAGAAUCGACUACUCUGGCAUCAUCUCAAACUCUAGAGAAUGGUAAUGCUGCUACGAAUGAACUCGCCGGGGGCUGUACCAAAGAGGAUCCUAGAGAGCAAUCUCAAGCAACUGGGUUACAAUUAAACGAACAUAGAGCUAAUGACCAUGGGCCACUCCAUAAUGUUAAAGAAAGACGGACGCAUACUGGGACGAAGCCACCUGAGAAAGGGACCGGCAUCUCAGAGAUGUUACCGUCACCACGAGAAAAUGGAAAUGGGACUUGGUCAGCAGCUGAACUUGAGAAGCUAGCGGCGGAACAAGAAUUUGAAUACUACUGGCAAGAAUACCCAGCGGAUGCCUCUCUCUGGACGCGAAUAGACUGGGUAUUCGAUAUCGUCAGUACAUUCCGCAUGACGGGUUGGAACUGGGCGAUUCCAUGCCUGCCACCCUACGAACCACCUGCUGAAGUCGGCAACUACCAGCUGCCUCUAAGCUCCGUCGGCCCGCAACGCACCAAGCAGGGAUACUCACGAUGUCUCACACGCAAGGAACUGUUUCUGAACCGGCUCAUCUACAACAUCCUCCCGAACUACAUCAUCGCCGACUUCUGCGCCGUCUUCAUGACGGCAGACCCGUACUUCAUUCUCGGGCCCGAGCACAACAAACCGCUCCCGCCGCACCUCUCCUCCCUAUCCCCCUUUUCCCUCUUCCUCUACCGCACAACCUUAUCCUUCGCCGGCACCGUCUGCGCGCUCAGCCUGCUCUUCAGCGCGGGGCAGAUCGCCCUCGCCCUCCUGCCGCCCUUCCCGCAGAUCCUGCGCUUCCGCGCCCACCCCUGGCACCUGCCCACCGUCAACGGCUCCUUCGCCCAGGUCCUCGACCGCGGCCUCGCCGGCUUCUGGGGCGCCUGGUGGCACCAGACCUUCCGCUUCGGCUUCUCCGCGCCGACGCGCUUCUUCCUCCGCCACAAGUACCUCAAGCCCGGCUCCCCGGCGGCCCAGCUCACGAGCGCCGCCUUCGCCUUCCUAACCUCGGGAUUCCUGCACGCGAGCGGUAGCCAUAGCGCCGUGCCGUCGCACUCGCGCUGGUACGCGCCCCCGCUGUUCUUCUUCCUCGCCGGCCUCGGCACCACGCUGCAGUCGCGGCUCUCGCGCCUGCUCGCCCCGUAUACGAAACGCCUGCCGCGCUGGGCGAGGAGGGCCGGGAACCUCGCGUUCGUGACGGUCUGGAUGUUCGCCACGAGCUGGCUGCUCGUCGACGACUUCGCGCGCUGCGGCAUCUGGCUCUUCGAGCCCGUGCCUGUCUCCGUGCUGCGCGCCCUCGGGAUCGGGCCCGUGGCGGAUAGGCGCGUGUGGAGGGUCGAUGUGGGGUCUCUGGUGCGGUGGUAUCAAGGGAGGAGGUGGUGGGAGGUGGGGAUUGCUAUUUGAAUUUGGUUUAGUCUGGGUAUUAUGGCAUUUACUCGAGUAUUCAGGGGUGUGGGAUCCCAGACCUGGAAAAUUCAGCACGGUGUAAUGCAUCUUAGUAGGAUGGGCAUAUAGAAGAGUGGUUUGGCUACUAGACUAGAGGUAGGUAGGAGGGUGGGUAAGUAGUGCAUGCUAGAGGUGCUUUCAUUAGAAUCAGGUUUAAGGUCUACUAAGAUUAUAGAAGUGUGUAACGCCCGUAACGCAGUGAAUGCUAUUACAAAUUACAUGAAUAUACUGAGUUUUACUAGGGCCAAGUACAAGACACUUGAG